AUGGGGCAGGAUACCAAUAUGCUAAACACCCAGCAGCAGUUGGUCAGGACCACAUCAGGAGGAGCCAGGCAGGACCUGAGGCCUCAGGCUCCAGGAACAUCUAUGGGGCUGCUCAACCUUCUGUCGAGGAUCCCCCAGGCGGAGCAGAGUGCCCUGGGGAAUGGUGAUGUACCAAGUCAGGGCCAGCCAAAGAGGUCUCAGAGCGCAGGGCAGAAGACAAAGAAGGACUGCAAGCCCCGGAGGUGGACCAAGAAAGGAAGUUCCACUGAGGCUGAGAAUCCCUUACCCCGUCCUCCUCGGGAACCCUCCUUCCCAUUCCAGUGGGCCUGGGAGAGCUUCAUCACAGACGGCCGGGCUCUGUUUCAGCCAAGCUCCCCUGCGGCCCUGGGUCAUCAAGCCCUGCCCCUGUUCCCAGGGGUCCCCCAGCUUAAAUCCAGGUGCAAGUCCACUGCCAGCCUCCCAGAGGCCCUGGAGAGGAGACAGCAGCUAGGGCCUUGCGGUGGUGCCCCCAUGUCUCCCAGCAAAGGGGAGAACCAAGGGCUGGAGACAUCCAGUGAGUUCAGCCCCCGGCUGCCAGGCAAGAGGUCAGGAUCAGGAUCAGAGUCCAGAGAGGCUCCCAAGCUGGAAGGUACAGGUGCUGAAGACACAGGCUCCCUGCUGAGCCCCAGGGAGCGGCCCCAGCUGCCCGCUGGAUGGUCGCUCUUGGAGGAGCAGCACUUCUCAGAGAUGACUGUGGAAGCAGAAGAGCAGGAGCACAGCACCUCUCACAGAAGAAAGAGUGGUUCUCGGAAAAAGGGGCCAAAUUCUGGAGUGGAGGCCUUGGAAGAGGAGGAGCUGCAGGCGAGCAGCUCCUGCUCCCACAACCCCCAAGGGCUGCAGAGGGGCAAGUCAAGGGCCCAGGAGCUGGAGGGGCCCUGGGUACUGGGCAAACGCACCAGCAGUUCCAGCAAGGCUGCUGUGAUGAACCCCCAAAAGCAGCCCUGGAGGGCACUGCGGCAGGCUUCUGUGCAGACCUCCAACUGGAGAGGGAAGUCCCGCGCCUGCAGACAUGAUGACAUUUUCUUGUCUGCCAACUUUCCUAAUCGUUCAUUCCACAAGCGACAGGAGGCCACUAGGAGCCUGCUGCAGGCCUGGGAGCGGCAGCAGCAGGAGGACCUGCAGCAGGCUGAGCUGCGCAGGGCCCGGGAGCAGCACAUUCAACAGCAGGUGGCUCGCUGUCUGGCUGCCUAUGUGCCCCGAAGGAGCCAGGGGGCCUGGGCCACCCAGCGCAAGCUGGAGGAACUGAGGCGCCAGGACCGACAGCGCUUUGCUGAGUACCAGGCAGAGUUGCAGGGCAUCCAGCACCGGGUGCAGGCCCGGCCCUUCCUAUUUCAGCAGGCCAUGCAGGCCAGCGCCCGGCUCACUGUGACCAGGCACUUCUCCCAGGUGCUGUCAGCACUGGGAGUGGAUGAGGAGCAGCUUCUGGCUGAGGCAGGAAAAAGGGACACAAAGGGCACUGCCAGGAAAAGCAGGAGCCACAGAUCAAUGGGGGUGAGAAUGAAGCCCUCUUCUCAGAGCCCUCCAAGGACCAAACCCAUCAGCAGCCAGCCUGACAGACGCUCCUCCCCCAGCCUGGACCCAGAGAAUAAUCAAGACAAAAAUUAAAACGCGUUGUGUCAAAUAUCACGUGAGAUUUCUGAGGUGCGGAGGAACUGCGUGGGUUGGGAAUAGGAGGUGUCAAAUGUUGUGGCAGUAGGUUUAACGCUAUCCCCUAUCCCCUAGGAGCUCUGGCUUUCUGGCUGCCCUCCACCCAGCAUACACAGCUCGGUCUCUGCUCCUGAGGUGUAGUGUACUUUUUUGUUUGUUUUGUAUUUUUUGUAUUUUUGAGACAGGGUCUUGCUAUGCAGCCCAGGCUCACCUUGAAUUUGAGGCGCCCCUCCUGCAUCCUCCAUGC